CUAUCUGUGAUAAAAACUUCAGGUGUGUUUCCGUACAAGGGGUUCUUCAGGUUCUGAGGUCGAAGUGUUCAUCAUGGAUCACGACAAGUAUGGGAUCCGCAAAGCCAUAAAGGAAGACUGUGAAUCAAUCCAGCGACUAAUACAAGAAUUAGCCGACUACGAAAAAAUGCCGAAUGGUCCCCAACUCGACCCAAAAACGCUAGAGCAAGAUGGAUUUGGGAUCCGUCCUUUUUUUGAAGCAUUUGUAGCUGUGGAGAAAGAGUCGAACCGGAUCAUUGGAUUUGCGCUAUAUUUCUUUACGUAUUCUACCUGGCAAGGGAAGUCGUUGUACAUGGAGGAUAUUUACGUACAGCUCCAACAUCGACGGAAAGGGGUUGGUUUGUCCCUCCUUCGCGCCGUCUCCCAGGCGGCGCUUUCAGAAAACUGUGUUCGCUUGAACUUUUCCGUUUUGAAUUGGAAUUCACCUUCCAUUGAAUUCUAUAAGUCAUUGGGGGCAUCAGAUUUGACAGAGAAAGAAGGGUGGCACUGUUUUCGGAUGAAUAGAGCCGAAAUCGAACAACUAGCCCAAUGUAAAGCGUGAUACACUUAACGAUUUCUAUUAAACAUUGUAAGCUAAAACCACAACAACAAAAAAUUCCCUUUUUGUUGAUGAAAUACCUUGACAUUUGGUACAAAGGCCUUAUUGAAUAUGCAUUUGCAGCGAUUUAAACACGAGCAGUUAGACUUUCUUGUCAGGAAUUCAGCAUGUGGUAAAUCUUAUGUUUAGUAAAAAUUCCACAAGUUCCAGUUUAAAUUAAAGGGAUUGCUUUGAAUAUUACAGUCCUCAUAGCUGAACGGUAGAAUCUUAUUGAAUAGUGACACCGUCUACCUACAGUUCUGUUCCUGACUGUGGUAAACUAAAUUAAGCAAUAAAAUAUGAAAUGUUUGUUAAACUGAUAA